CGAGCCUGAAUUAAACGGGUUUCAUUGGUUGCAGUGCAUGGUUCCUUCUUUUCUUGCUGAACGAGAGUCAACAUGCCGCCUAAGCAACAACAAAAAGGGAAAGUUCCUCCCAAAAAGACCGACAAGCCAAAGUCACAGGGUGGCAAGGCUAAAAAGAAGAAGUGGUCAAAGGGAAAAGUUCGUGACAAGUUGAACAACUUAGUAUUGUUUGAUAAAGCUACAUAUGAUAAAUUUUAUAAAGAAGUUCCUAGUUAUAAACUUAUAACACCAUCGGUUGUGUCUGAAAGAUUGAAAAUCAGAGGAUCUCUUGCAAGAGCUGCCCUUAAAGAACUGCUAUCAAAAGGAUUGAUCAUUGAAGUCGUAAAGCACCAUUCCCAAGUCAUCUACACAAGAAACCCAACAAAAGAAGCUGAAACAUAGAUUUAUGUAUGAUGCACUACAAUGAAUAAAUCUUUGUGUAUUUAA